GCAUUGAUGGGUUGAGAGAUAAGGCAUCAAAUAUCGUUGUAAGGCACUUACGAACGAAAGUUUCGAGUUUCAUACAUUGAUACUUACAUUGACAAAUCGAUAUCAAAUUGUUGGUAUAAAUAAAAUCGGUUGACAGGUAUCAACCGAUAGGUGGCACUAGACGUUUGUUUGCAUACCAAAAUGAGCAAAGUUGUAUGUUGGCAACAAGCAUAAUGAAAAAACACAAUCAUUACUCUUUACGAUAUUUCGCAAUAAAAAUGUGAGAUAUUUCAUCAAAAUUCAAAUCGUAAUUUAUGUGCUCGAAUUUCUUGUAUAUUACUUAACCAAAUUACCCAUAUAACAAAAUAAAAACAGAAAUUGACUUGGUACGGAAACGGAAAUAUAAACAAAAUGGUGAUAUUUUGUGUUGUCAACAACGCACCUUACAAUCGUUAGUGUUGGGGUGAAAUCUAUUUAUGAUUAAAAAAUUAUACGAUGCUUUCGUAUGUGAUACCAUCAGAUGACAAAAUUUUAAUAAACUUUAUUGAUUGGUUUAUACCAAUGCGAAGUCUAUGACAAGGGUAUACAAUAUAACCUUGUUACAUUUUGUUGUGUUACUUAUCGGAACAUGUUAUAGAUGUAAGAUAUUAAAGACAAUAUUUUUAAUAAACCGUUUUAUUAUUUAUUUAUUUUGGUACCUUAAAACUUACUCCCUAGCUUUUACAGUAUGCACGAUAUGCUCUAUUGGUCAAUAGAGUAUUAAUUAAAAUUAUAACAUAAAUCGUUGACCAUGAAGUUACUCAUUUGAGUAACUUAAUGUUUCGUAUUAAUAAUACGGUUAAUUUAGAUUGAUUGAUAUUACAUCUUAUUAUACCAUUUUACUAACACGUGUGGAUAAACGUAUUGUAAAUUGAUAGAUUUAUAAAGGAAAUUAUGUGUUUCAUAGUAAUUAUCGUGCGUGUGGGAACGUUACUUUCGAAAUGCGAUUUCGUAUUGACCUUCGAUACAUCACUGUUUCCUUUAUGAAGAUACGCUCCGCACACUGAGAUUUGGCGCCAUUAGUGAACGGUAGCACAAUUUUGUAAAGAAAAACGUAUUUAUAAAUUGUUCACAGAUGCAGAGAACAAAAUAAAACACAACAAUCAAUUGGUGAGUAUAAUUACAUUGUUUAAUAAACAGAAAUUAGGUGAAACCUUUAGUUUGGGCCACGGCGUUUUGUGAGCGGGAAGUAGUAGUUUCGUACUAAAAGUUGAAAUUUGUCAUGAAUUUAUAACUAGUUUCAGCGUCCUCAUCAUCUGUCCACAGGUUUCGGAAUUGCUAGAUAGGAAUUUUGAUCGAUUUAAGUUGUUUCAGAUAUACAUCAGUACAUGUACUACAAGGAUAAUUAUCUACGGAUUUAGAAAGAAAGAAAAGUAAAAGUGACCAGAAAGGUUAUCACCUAAAGCUUUAUCAGGGCAAUAUAGGAAGAAAUGCAGCCGUGAAUCGCAGCAGAUCGCAAGCUAUUCUAUCAUCUAUCAACGGUUAAGAGUAUAAAAUAAUAUCAUCAUGAAGCGGCUCCAGAAGUGUUGUUGUGCCAGCACAAGGACAGGUACCCUCAUCACUGCUGUGAUGGGUAUCGUGCUGUCCAUUGCCACCAUCAUCACUGUUUGGGUCGUAGAAAGGCACACAGUUGCCUUCAAGACUUACAUAUUUGGCGAAGACUUUGACAAAAAACUAUUAGCACAUGACAUUCCGAGGAUCAUCAUCACCAUUAAUUUAUGCUUCACCAUACUGAUAUGCAGUCUCCUCAUCAUCGCAGUAAAAAAGAGAAGAUCGUGGCUGAUGCUACCGUGGGUGGUCCUGGGCAUCGUGUUGGCGAUAGGGCUGCUCAUCAGCGUACUUCACACCUCCAUAUCGUUCUACCUCUUCGAUGCCAAAGAUGAGGAGGAGAAGUACAACUACAAUAUACUGGCCACUAUCAUACUCAUAGGUGGAAUUAUUUAUCUGUGUAUCUACUUAUACCUCUGGGUGGUUGUGUUCAGCCAUUACCUUGACGUCCGCGACGAGGAAGAACGCGGUAGAUACAGAAAAGCACCAUACAAACGUUAGAAACCCAAUGCACAUCGAAAACAGAACAUGAAAAAUGAAAUUGAAACAUUUCGAAACAACGACUCUACAAUAAUUGUAUGAUCAAUAAAAACGUUGCACUGCUUGCUACUAAACUGGGUAUUAAGGAAUCUCUCUUAGGCCCAGUUGCACCAAAACUCUUAUACGAAAUUAUAAACAAGAUAUUAUUUAAAAUUCAUUGUAUCUCUUUGGAUUGAUGUAAAAUAAUGAAAUGAUCUGUUAAACUAUCUUAAAUAUAAUUUUAAAACAGGUUUUGGUGCAAAGGGCCGUUAAAAACUUAGCUAAUAAUAAUUAAAAUUAACAACUAGCAAUCUUUCGGAU